UUGAAAAUCUCUGCUGUAUCAUCUCAUAUGACUAUCUAAUAGGAGAGUAUCUAUCCCCUUCAAAUCAGGACUCUCUCUCUUUGGUUUUCAAUUUGAUUUCAAUUUGGGUUUGUAGAUUGCUAGAUGAGCCGUUGCCUGAAGCGACUCACCAACAAAGCUCUCGAGUUUCGAUUUGGAUUCCGAUUCCAAUUCCAAUUUCAAUUUCCACCCCUUUUCCACCUCUUCAACCAAUCAGCCAACUUCCUCUUCUCUCUCCUCCGCCGCACUCUCUUUAAAUCCAUGGACUCCCUUUUCUUCUCCCACAACGACGACGACGACCUUUUCUCCAACUCCUUCGAUCAAUCCUUUUUGCCGCCUUCCUUUACCGACCCCGGCGACUCUCUCUACCUAGUCUCCUUUAGCUGGUGGAACGAAGCCGUGUGUGGCGGCGCCGUGGUGGACGAUACGACCGCCGUUUUGUAUGGCGCCACCGCGCAAUUGAAUGGUGGUGUUGGUGAUCAGAGCGUUGGGGGUUCUGAGAUUUUGGUCGGCUUGAGGAGAGAAGACGAGGCUGGAAUUAGUGGUGAUGAAGGCAACCAUGGCGGUGAGGGGGAUUUGGCAUUGCUCUCUGAGUGGAUGUUCUUUACCUCUCUUAAAUGGCAUUAUGAUAAGAAGGGUAUGGAAAAUUCAUUACCUGGAGAAGAUAGUGGACAUGACUUAUUCUCUUUGCAGAUCAGACUUAUGUAUGUGAGACAAACAAGGCAAUUGAUCAUAAAGAUUAGCCAACAGGAUAAUGGACACAGUUCUUUCAACGAAGCAUACGGUAUUUUUACCAAGUUGGGCAUGUUGCAAGUAUGGGAUUUCUCAGGACAGACAAACCAACUUUUUCUCAAUGACAACCUGUCAUCUGUGGAUAUGGUCCGAUCUCAUGAGGAGAUUCUCUUAGAGUUGCAUGUUUAUGGCUUGCCUUGUAGCAUCAAUGAGAAGGAAAGCAGUGAUGAGAAUGUUGCACUGACACAGCCUACAAUGAAUGGCUCUUCCUCGCGUUCUGCAGUUACAAUGAAUGGCUCUUCUCCGAGAUCUGCACUGACAAUGAAUGCCUCUCCUCCGAGAUCUGCACUUACAAUGAAUGGCCCUUCCUCGAGUUAUGCACUUACAAUGGAUGGCAGUGCGGAUAAACUGAACUUUUUUUCUAAAGUUCCUCAGUCAGAUGCAACUUGUAGUGCCGUGAAUGGCAGUGGUUCUUUGGGCUUGACCGGACUGUACAACCUUGGAAAUACUUGUUUCAUGAACAGUGCUGUCCAGUGCUUGGUUCAUACACCCAAGCUAGUUGAUUAUUUUCUUGGAAACUUCAGGAAGGAUCUGAAUUAUGAAAAUCCAUUGGGCAUGAAUGGCAAGCUUGCUAUAGCAUUUGGGGACCUACUUCGAAAGUUGUGGGCUCCUGAGGCAACACCAGUGGCUCCAAGGAUGUUUAAGUCAACUAUCUCCAGUUUUGCUCCUCAAUUUGGUGGAUACAACCAACAUGAUUCCCAAGAAUUUCUUUCUUUUUUGUUGGAUGGCCUCCACGAAGAUCUCAACCGCGUAAAAAGAAAACCCUAUGUACAGGCAAAAGAAGAAGAUGGUCGAUCUGAUGAAGAAGUUGCCGAUGAAUACUGGGAGAACCAUUUAUCACGCAAUGAUUCGGUCAUAGUAGAUUUGUGUCAAGGUCAAUAUCGAUCAUCAUUGGUUUGCCCCGUUUGCAAAAAGUUGUCUGUUACAUUUGAUCCGUUUAUGUACCUGUCAUUACCACUUCCUUCUUCAACAAUGCGGAAGAUGACUUUGACAGUCUUGAGCACUGAUGGGAUUAAUUUGCCACACCCAGUUACAGUUACAGUCCCUCACAAUGGUACCCGCAAAGAUCUUGUUGAUGCCCUUGGAACCGCUUGUUCAUUAAGAGAUGAUGAAACAUUGUAUAUUUCUGAGAUAUACAAUAAUUCAAUCCUCCAGGCUUUGGACAAUCCCAUUGGUUCUAUAGAGCUAAUCAGAGACUAUGAUAAACUUGUUGCUUAUAGAUUACCAAAAGACAUGGAUGGCUGUCCUUUGGUCGAGUUUACACAUCAGCUGGAGGAGAAGUCAUAUCUACAUUCUUUCCCGUCUUUCAGAAAGUUUGGCAUUCCUCUUGUGGCAAGAAUUUCUGACUUUUCGAAAGGAUCCGAGAUAUAUAAAGCGUUUCUUAAAAUCAUCACUCCCUUCUUACUUCUUCGUGAAGAAGAGUCCUUAACUGAUUUAGAUUCAAGGGAGAAUGCCCAAGAAGAUGCAGAAAUCGAGGAUACAGUUUCAGAUGAAGCUGAAAAUUCAAAAGAUGAAACUGAAAAUGAUUUGGAUUCUCAGAGUAACUUCGAGUUCCACAUGGAAAAUGGUGCUUACUCCAGCGGCGUCAGGAUACAGAUGGACGAACCAGUGCCUACAUUAAACUAUCGUCAGCGCAUUAGAGUGCGCGUUACUUGGUCUCGGAAAAUGUUUCAAGAUUAUGAUACCUCAAUGCUAAGCCAUUUACCGGAAGUAUGUAAGACUGCGUCCAUGUCAAAGGGGACUCAAGAUUCUAUUUCACUUUAUAAAUGUGUAGAAGCCUUCUUGAAAGAGGAGCCUCUUGGACCAGAAGACAUGUGGUACUGUCCUAAUUGCAAGGAGCACAGACAGGCUGGCAAAAAGUUGGAUCUGUGGAGAUUACCAGAGAUUCUGGUCAUUCAUUUAAAAAGGUUUUCUUACACUAGAUUUUCGAAAAACAAGCUGGAGACUUUUGUGGAUUUCCCUGUUGAGAACUUUGAUCUCUCCAAUUACAUUCUUAAGAAAAAUAACAAGGAUUGCCAUCGUUAUAUGUUAUAUGCGAUAAGCAAUCAUUACGGCGGCAUGGGUGGCGGUCAUUAUACUGCAUUUGCUAAACAUAGGGUUGAUAGUUGGUACGAAUUUGAUGAUAGCCAUGUCUAUCCUGUCACUGAGGAGCAGAUAAAGACUCAAGCUGCUUAUGUUCUAUUCUACAAGAGAGUAUAAUUUGUUGACACUCAACUCAGGAAAUUUUUGCUUACUGGAGUAUUCACACACAAGAAAAUUUAGGGGUAUUAAGAUCAUCUACAAGGAUACUACAAAACAAGAUGGCAUUGUAGAAAUGAAAACGUAGUAGUGAUUUUAAUCAUGUGGUACUGCAAAUUGAUUACAUUUUGUAUUUUUUUCCCUUCAGUUUUGAACAUUGGAUUGAAAUCACAUAGAAAAAUAGUGGGUGGAAACUUGGGGGAGAAAUCUGCCAAUCAAAUAGAAAUCUGGGAUGUGUUUCGAUGGAUUUUCUUAUGAUUAUUAGUGUUAAUAUUUUACUUCUGAACUUGAUUAAUUUUAUUCAAUGAGAGCUGAUAUGGUUUGAGCUA